AUGGGUGAACUUGUAACGAUAUCGGAAGCUGAUUAUAAAGAUUAUCCUGGAGCAAAGAUCUUGAUAAAUAGAGUUCAAGCAUUGGAAAGAGACCAAGAACUAAGGGCUCAAAUCCGAGCCGUGUUUGGUAAUCGACAUCUUUGGUUCUUGUGUUUGACGAUCUCGUUAAUCAUCUGUCAGCUGAUUGGGACGUCAAGUGCGUUUACUGCUUCAUUCAGUUAUUGGAUUUUCCUAUAUGGUUUGUUCUAUGGUAGCUAUUGGCCUCCAAUAGAGGAGAUUUUUAACCAAAAUGGUGUUGAUCUCUAUGACUUGGGCACUUAUUACGCCACAGGAGAUCCGAAGCGACUUUUGUUGGUAGCAAAAUGGGACCAUCGAGUUGUAGGGACCUUAGCUUUUCGCGAAUCAUCAGAUGAUAAAACUGUAAAGCUCUGGAGGAUGUUUGUGGAUCCCGAAUUUCGAAGAAAGGGUAUCGCAUCGUUGUUGAUUGAUAUCUUGGUAAAAGUGGCCAAAGCCAGAGUGUUCAAGAAAAUUCAACUUCGAACUCAUGGCAGCAAUAGACAUGGGAUUGCUUGCUAUUUAAAGAAUGGGUUUGAAUUGGCUGGGGAGAGCAUCUUUUCCCGCAUUCUUCAUAUUGAAUAUAGCGUAAUUGAGAUGGAGCUUGAUUUGGCAAUUGUGACCAAAUCUGAAAAUCAUCCAAAUUGAAAAUAAAUGAUAAAAUCGGUGCUCAAAGGGAAGAUAGAUUUAGAACUCUACUCGUGUUUUUUUCUCUCUUCGUUCGC